AUGGGAGUGCAACCUGUGCAUCUCAAUGGCGCAACGGUCAAGCUCGAGCGUGCUGAAGACACUGACGAUUGCUUCAUACGCGAGCCAGCCUGGCUUGCGCAUGUGGCGAUUUGGAACCUCCCGGAGGAGCACUGGUCCUUCAAGCAGGUGUGUGACAUUCUUCGCUGCGUCGGGACGAUGGUGGAGGUCGACCCCUUCUGCAUCCCUGGCUUCGACCGCUCCUGCAUGAGAGUGGUGGUCGAGCUGCAGCACCCCAGCCUGCCCAGCCGCAUCGGCGUUCACGCCCCCAGUGGGCGCGGCGUCGUUCUGCGCUUGGGUGCCUUGGCGUUCUGGCCACGUGAGAAUCAGUUCGACGAAGCCGGUGCAUGGAUCCCCUACUUUGGCCCAGCACCGCCGCCGCCUCCUGGGCCGGCCCAGAACCACAACGCCAAUGGCCAAGCCCAGCAGCAACCCGAUCGCAUUGCGCCAGCCCACCAGCCUGCUGCAGCCGCGCAACACCCGCCGCAACCGCACCCAGCUCCGCUCCACCCGGGUGCUUUCUUCGGCGCCUCGAUCUUGUGCUUUGGUUUCAUCAACCCCUACCCUCUGCCACCCCUGCCUACUUUUCCUCUACUGAUUGAGAUCCCAGCCGAGCCGCGUGAGAAAACCGGGCGCUACAAGGCUGAGUCGGUCCUCCUCCUCACUUGGCAUCCAACCGACCCCCCAAACUCGCCGCCCCCAGCAAACUCGCCUGUGACGGCCACAUCUGAACCUACACCUCCAACUCCGCCGCGCACAACACCUGCUGUGGCCCAGCCAGCCAUCAAUCGAGCACCACAGCGCACACGCCAUAGCGCCCGUCUGGCAGCCAAAGGAAAAGGGGAGUUCGUAGAUGCCACUUCCAAGGCUGCCCAGCUGAAAACCCUCCGAGACAGCCUCACCUUCUGUUCCUCGGCUGUGAAGAGGCAUGUCACCAAGAGGAAGCCGCUGACAAAAAAAGAAGAAACCUAUGGCAGAUUCAGACUUGAUCAAGCUAGCUGA